UGAAAAAUGUCGAACGUUUCGCACGUAUCGCACAAAUAAUAAAUAAAUAGACAGAAAUCUAAGUUUUUAGUGCGUUUGCGUAAUUAAUUCAAUAUAAUAAUGACAUGUCAAGAAAACAUGGACGUGUGUCGUGUUUGUCUUAAAAACAGCGAGAAAUUCACGAAUAUAUUUCGAACGAAAAUAAACUCAGUUCUUGUUGCCGAAAUUGUGUCGAUUUGUUCGUCUUCAUAUAUCUGGGAAGAAGAUGGCAUGCCCAGCUCAGUCUGCCCCGCAUGCUUGCACAAACUAGAAGGCUACUGGGAGCUCAGGAACUGCAUAAAAGCCUCCGAAAACAUCCUGCGAAGCAACAUGCAGCCCCAAGUUCAAAGCACAGUCGACCAGUCAAAGUUUGCACAAGACUUCAACCAAGAAGCAGUCUCUUGUGUUGGUCUGACAGCCGAGCAGGGCAAAAAAAUAGCAGAGAGCAUCACAAUCAAAAUAGAACCAGAUUGUUUUAAGUCUAUGCUGAUGAACGAGGACAAGACAACUGUGCGGACAACCAUAGACUUCCAAGACUGUUUAGAUAAAUUGACAAGAGAGUCCGGUGUGUUAAACGAAGAUGUUGAAGAGCUGGUGAAUGCCAACAAAAUAUUAACCAAUGUUAUAGAUAUCGACGACCCCAAAGACCAACAACAGACUGAUCAAUGUGAUAGAUUAAAGUCGCUUAAGCGUCCUUUGAGUAAUUUAGUGGUUUGUGAUAAAUGUGAAGCCGAAUUUGAGACUUUAGAGUUGCUCGAUAUGCACUACAAAUGCAAACACAUGAAAAUCAAGUGUAAGAGCUGCAAGAAGUCGUUUUCGCCCGAUAAAAUGAAGGUCCACAAUGAGACCGUGCACACCGGUUCAAAGAUGUUCAAAUGCCAAAUUUGUAAUAGUUAUAUUUCUUUGAAGUAUUACGAUAUGCACAUGGCUGUACAUUCUUGAGAAAAGGGCUUACAAUUAUCAACAACAUCACUACAGUAAAAAUUUAAUUCAAAAUUAUUUUGUGUUAAUAAAAUGAAUAAAAUCUCAUGUAGCAAAUGAAUUGAUA